UCCUGUGUUAGCGCUAACCACAUCCGUCGCUUGACGCAAUCGAAGGAGAGGACUGGAGCGAGCUCGAGUGAGUGAGUGAGAGAGAGAGAGAGAGAGGCGUUCAAAUUGAGUCUCUUUGGGUUUAAAACGCCGUAUGGUUCAACCCAAAUCGGUUCUGAGCAUCACCGAAAAGUUAGCGGGUCGAAGCGUCGCUGAAAGCCGCAGUUCCAGCGGCCGGAUCUCCGUGCGGCCUUGCCGUCUGGUUAAAGGGAGCCCGAAGCGGACGAGUAGUGUGACUGGGCUGGCUUGCUUCCUUCUGCUCAUCGUGGUAACCUGAGCAGCAAGGAAGAGAUUAAGACAACACACACUGACCACACGUAACAUGCCAUGUGUGGUGCUUCUCUUCAAGCAGGACACAACAUUAGGUACACCUGUACACGCUAUUCUUUUUUUAAUUAGCAUUUCCAUUUAAGGCCAUGUUACCCAGCCCUAAUUUCAUCACGCAGAGAAAUUUUUCUAAUAUUUUGUUGCCCAGGCUGCUGCAGGUGGGCGGUAUUUCCUGGUUCGCAUGAUCUAUUUGGCUGUUCCUAUGAACACCCUGGCGACAGUUUGUCUUUGUGCGAUUGUUCCUUUGAAUUUAGGUGAGUGUGGGCACACCUAGGUGUGGAUCACCUCGCAGGAAUGUUCCACGCCUGUACUCGGCGUGUCUGUCGUGUGCGCCGUGUCGGCUCGGCAUGCAUGCAGAGCACGACAAGAUGGGACUAAAGUGAAACUUUUUGCCGUCGUCCCCUGAAGCCACUGCAGCAAGCAGCUACUGGCCUCCUUCUUCUUAUCUUACCGGUGCCACACCUCAACUGACAGUCAAGGCCCACGUAAGACAAAAUGGACGUCUGACGGAGGGACCAGAGGGUGACACGAGACUUCUCCUCCCCCCCCCCGCUUCCCGCCAACACCCCAUCAUGGCGGGCCUCAAACGUCACCAUGAUGGGAAGAUCGCCGGGCUGUACGACCUGGACAAGACGCUGGGCCGCGGACAUUUCGCCGUGGUCAAACUUGCUCGGCAUGUCUUCACUGGGGAAAAGGUGGCGGUGAAAGUGAUCGAUAAGACCAAGCUGGACCAGAUGGCGCGUGGCCACCUUUUCCAGGAGGUGCGCUGCAUGAAACUGGUGCAGCACCCAAACGUGGUGCGCCUGUACGAGGUCAUCGACACGGCCACCAAGCUCUACCUCAUCCUGGAACUGGGGGACGGCGGCGACAUGUUCGACUGCAUCAUGAAACACGAGGGAGGCCUCAGUGAGGAAGUGUCCAAGUGUUACUUCGCCCAGAUCGUGCACGCCAUCUCCUACUGCCACCGGCUGCACGUGGUGCACCGUGACCUGAAACCCGAGAACGUGGUGUUCUUCGAAAAGCAGGGCGUCGUCAAGCUCACCGACUUCGGCUUCAGCAACAGGUUUCAGCCGGGGAAGAAGCUCAACACCUCUUGCGGCUCGCUGGCCUACUCCGCCCCCGAAAUCCUGCUCGGGGACGAGUACGACGCUCCCGCCGUCGAUAUCUGGAGUCUCGGCGUGAUUCUUUUCAUGCUGGUCUGCGGUCAGCCGCCCUUCCAGGAGGCCAAUGACAGCGAGACGCUCACCAUGAUCAUGGAUUGCAAAUACACAGUGCCCCCGCACAUCUCCGAAGCUUGCCGAGAUCUCAUCGGCCACAUGCUGCAGCGAGACCCCAAGAAGCGAGCGACUCUGGAGGAGAUAGAGAACCACCCGUGGCUCCAAGGCGUGGACCCGUCGCCGGCCACCAAGCUGUCCACUCCGCUGGUGUCCCACCGUAGUUUGCUGGAAGAAGAACACGGCUCCAUCAUCCAGCGUAUGGUUCUGGGGAGCAUUGCCGACCGAGACGCCAUAACAGAGGCUCUGGAGUCGAAUCAGUACAACCACAUCACGGCGACUUACUACCUGCUGGCUGAAAGGAUGCUGAGGGAACGGCAAGAAAAGGAGCAGCAUAGCCAGACGCGAUCGCCCAGCCCCAGCAAGGCUCAGUUCAGGCAGUCUUGGCCCACCCGAGUGGAUGUCCACCAGGAUGUCAGCAAUGGUUUGGGGGGUCCGGCGAUGUCACAUCCCGGGGGGCCCCAGUCUCCCGCCCGCAGCGCAGAAAGCCUCCAUAAAGGCCCCCGGCCCAAAACUGCACUGCCGGACCUCAGUCAGAGGCAGGACAACCGGCAGUCAGUCGGUGGGAACCAGGACAAGGGGCUCCGGCCUCUCUCUAAGCCCCAGUCCAACCCGCUCAGACUGAGCUCCAUAAGCUCAGGGGGGUCUUGUAAAAGUCGCAGUCUCAGCCUUUUUAGCGUGGAGGAGGAUGAGGAGGAAGAGGGGGAGGACAGUUGUUCCCCUUCUGCUGCUCCCGCUCAAGUGGUGCUCCGCUCCAAAGCCUCGUCGUCCCUCGCCUCGUCCCGUAAUCGCUUGACGUCCCGCUUGAGCGCGCCGGUUCUCAACCAGAUCCACGAAGAUGAGAAAGGAGAGGACGAGGCGGAGGAGGAAGAGGAGGGGGAAUUAAAAGGGCUUGGCCUGACCAAGCCCAGCCUGAGCCUCAAUCUGAACUCUAGAACAGCCUCGCCCGUCACCACCCAGACGCCCUCCUCGGUGACGAGCGACGACAAUACGGAGAGUCGGCAGCCGCCGGACGCGGCAAUCGGCACUGAGGACGGUGAGAAAAGGGAGUCGGCCCAGGACUGCCCCUCUCACUGUACCAGCCCCGGAUCCGUUUUGGGCCAAAGCAAGAACUCAGCCAAAGCUUCCAGCGGCCUGGUGGAAAGCCUCAAGUUGAUGAGCUUAUGCUUCAGCUCACAGUUUCACAACCUGAAGGGCGGUGCAGGUGGGGGGACGCCGGGCAACGGCCCGGCAGGCAUCGGCGGGGACUCUCAGGAGCGCCCCGUGUGGCGUAUGUGUGUGGGCGGCUCCACCGGGAGCCUGGACAAGGUCUCGCUUCUGGGGGGGCCGUCGCCCCGGGGGAACCUGUACCAGCAGCCGCCCCCUUUGGGGGACGUGCUGGCAGACCCCUUGCUGGAGGGGUCUUGCUCGGGGACCCUGAUGCUGGGGGAGCUGGACCUGGCCCGCGAGACCCACAGGAACAUGAAGAACCGUGCCCUGCAGAUGCCUCUGAGCGACAAGACUCUGUCGGUCAACAUCCACCGCAGCCCUAAGGAGGGUCUGCUGUGCACCCCCACCCCUCACAGCUGCUGCCAGGUCAUUUAAGGGGCGGCUUAGGGUUCCACACACUCCUGCACUCAUCGUCUUUUCAUUCAGGCCACGUCGAGCUUUUUAUUCCAUCUCCGUCACAAAUGCCAUUUAUGCCGACUUCGUUUUGAGAUGUGGCCUGUUUAAAAAAAAAAAAAAAAAAAGAGGCUUUAAGUGCACUCAUGUUACGCGCACAAGGUUUGCACGCAAUCAUGUAAAAUUUGUAAACACACAAACACACUGACUACACUUGCUGUUCGAAGGAACACCCGAGCGGUUUUCAUCUCAUUACGUUUUGUUGCACUGUGCUGGUUUUUAUUGACUUAUUUUUAAAUUAUUAUUUUUUUAACUGUGGUGUUUUUUUUUUUGUGUUGAUUGAAAAAGAAAACAAAAAAGACGACUGAAAGCGUGCUUUCAUGAAACUGGGGACGAAUGAAAGAGUCAAGUAAGCUGUUGGUGCGCAGUUUUUUUUUUGUACUCCAUCACUUUUAUUUUUCUAUCUGGAGUGUCUGCUCAGAAAUAAUCCAAAAAAAAAAAAAAAGACAAGAGCCUGCACGACCCAAUGUGGCGUGUGCAGCGGACUUUUGAUGUACAUAUGUGAAUACAACUCUGAAGCACUUCAUCUCAGUGUUGACGUAUCGCCGUAGAAAGCACCAUUACUCCUCUUUUCCUGCUGGAUUAUUGAAACACCCACAACUUGAAAAAUGACUCAGACUGAAAAAAAAAACAUUACACACAUGUACAUACACGUACGUACGUACACCAAAAUGGCAGCUCUUUAUCUUAACGUUGAAAAGGGAAUUAAGCGGGCGCAUCCAGAUGUUUUACCGGAAUCAUGGUAGCCGCUGUUGUAGCGUCAUUCCAAAAACAACCCAGGACAGGAGGGGAUUUUCUCCAUGACAACAGUGCCUCCCUGACCCACAUCAAGCAUCGCUGUGUUCAUUUGGACGUGUGACUCACCCCUGGUGGAAUAUUUAUCUUGACAGUGCAUGUGUCCUUGCUGUAGCAACCUUCAGUCCACCUGUGUGUGUAUAUAAAUAUAUAUACACAGCUGUACUACCUGAGGGAUGAACAAACAGUCAUUUUUUACUGUAGCCACACAGCGACACCAGCGACUGCAAAAUGUACAACAAUAAUGGAUGUGCCAUAUGUCUUGAGCAUAUUGUACUGUAUGUAUAUGAUAGAGGUAUAUUAGAAUAAACUGAUGUGAAUGAAA